GCAGGGCUUUACACUAUGACGUUUCCGGGGGGAAAAGGAGAGAAAGAUAGGGACCGGGUCUUUAGAGGCUGGGGCAAGGGAGGAGGGAGGAGGGAGGAGGGAGGCGGGAGGCGGGACGCGGGAGGUGGGGGGGGGGAGGGGAAGGGAAGGGAAGAAGGGAAAGGAAAGGGAGGGGAAGGUGUUUUCUUGCUAGCUCUCUUCCGGCGAGCGCUGCGUGCCCGGAAGUCACUCUCCUGGCUGUGUGAUUUGGUUCGCGCGAAGUCUGGGUUUCCCGGGGCUUGGAGGACGGUGGCAGAUGCCAUGGGUGGGAAGAACAAGCAGCGGACGAAGGGGAACCUGAGGCCCUCAAACAGUGGCCGUGCUGCAGAACUCCUAGCAAAAGAACGUGGAACAGUACCUGGAUUUAUUGGUUUUGGUACAUCUCAGAGUGACCUAGGCUAUGUACCCGCUGUACAAGGAGCAGAUGAAAUAGACAGCCUGGUAGAUUCUGAUUUCCGGAUGGUCCUACGAAAACUUUCCAAGAAAGAUGUCACAACAAAAUUAAAAGCUAUGCAAGAAUUUGGGACAAUGUGCGAUAUAAGAGAUGCAGAGAUUGUAAAAGGUGUUCUUCCAUAUUGGCCAAGAAUUUAUUGCAAAAUAUCUCUUGAUUAUGACCGUCGAGUUCGAGAAGCCACACAAAUAGCUUUUGAAAAACUUGUCCUAAAAGUAAAGAAACACUUGGCACCUCAUUUAAAAAGUCUUAUGGGAUAUUGGCUAAUAGCACAAUGUGAUACUUUUGCCCCAGCUGCAAUUGCGGCAAAAAUAGCAUUUGAAGCAGCUUUCCCUCCAAGCAAGCAGUCCGAAGCAUUAGUGUUUUGUAAAGAUGAAAUUAUUAAUGUGCUACAGGAUCAUCUUCUAAAAGAAACAGCAGAUACACUUAGUGACCCGCAAACUGUUGCAGAAGAAGAAAGAGAAGCCAAAUAUUUUCGAAUUUUAACUUCUUCCCUGUUGGCUUUAAAGAAACUGCUUUGCAUGUUGCCUCCUAGUGAGAUUUCCUCUGUAGAGCUGAAACUUAAACCUCUUCUAUCACACAACAAAUUUUGGAAGUAUGGAAAACAUAGUUCAUCCCAGGUUCGUUCAGCUUUUUUUGAGUUAGUUUCUGCCUUUUGUCAGUAUAUUCCUCAGUCUGUGAAAGCUGAAUCAUCCAAAAUAUCUCCUGCAGUUCUUGUUAACAUUGAUGAAAGUGAUCCAAUAGUUUGUCCACCACUUUGGGAAGCUGUGCUUUAUAUCCUUACUACAAUUGAGGACUGUUGGAAUCAUGUAAAUGCAAAAAAAAAUGUCUUUCCCAAACUGUCAACUAUUCUUAUUGAAGGAGGAAGAGGCUUAGCUACGGUUAUAUAUCCUUAUCUCCUGCCUUUUAUUAGCAAGAUCCCGACUUCUGUUACAGACUUGAACUUGGAAUUCUUCAAAAAUUUUUUCAGUUAUAUAACUAAAGGGCUAUCAACAGAACGAAUCCUAGCCAACCAUUCAGAACGCUCUGCAGUAGUAUCUGCAUUUUUUGAGUGUUUACGGUUUAUAAUGCAGCAACAUUUAGGUAUAAAAGAAGAGUCAGUAAAAAUGCAGAAGAUGCUCAUCAAUGAUCAGUUGAUCCCUUUUGUUGACACAGCACUAAGAGACCCAAGACUGCAGAAUGAACAGCUUUUUGAUCAGUUAGCAGAAACACUGAAUUCCUGGGAAACUAAAGCAGAAACUCAAGGAGAUGAUACAGUAGUUGAAACUUUGAAGGAUGUACUGAAAACUUUUUGGACAAGUCUAUCAGAAAUUUGUCUUGAGAAAAUUAAUGCGCAAGAAACUGAUGGGAAAUCAUUAUUGGGCAUAUCUACCUUGUUAGAAGUCCUUCAAAAGGCAGAAAAUUCAUGGAAACAAAGAAAAAGAAAAGUUUGCAGGAUCAAAUAUAUAACUGAGAUGCCUGAAAGUAGCACAGAGAACAAAAAAGAAGAGAACAAAACAGAUAGUUGUGAAGAAGAGGAUGGUGAAGAUUCUGAAUACUGUUGGGAUGAGGCUCUUCCAGUUCCCGUAUCUCAUCUAAGGAAAGGACCUUUGUAUGACUUAGUUUGUAAACUUGCAGAACAGAGUAUUGAACAUAUUGGUGAACUGAGGUCAGAACAGCAUUUAAGCUUUUUAUCUUCUCUUCUAAAGUCUUUCUCUUCAUGCCAGAUAUUCCAAGCUCUGCUGGACUUAGCCGAAGAAAAAAAUGCCAGUAACAGAGAUUUCAUUCCACUACCUCAAGAAAUAGUAAAACCUCUCCGUGACAAUCCUGCAAUACGAUUUAUGUAUCAAAGAUUAUUAAAUUGGCUUGGUGAAGACAAGAAGCAAAACACUGAUUUUCUGGUUGAUAUUUUAUACAGCAUCCUCUGUUGCUGUGAAACUAAUUCAGAAAGAAAAACUAUACUGGAUGAUUUAACAAAGUUGGACCUGAAAUGGAAUAUUCUUCUUCGGAUUAUACAAAAGGCAUGUUCAAGUUCUGAUAAACACUUACUAGUAUCUAUUUGGCUAAAGGGAGAUAUCCUAGGAGAGAAAUUGGUAACUUUGGCUGAUCAUUUGUGUAAUAAGGACUUGGAAGUUGCAGUAUCUUCAGAAUCCUCUACAUCAGAAGGAUGGACCCUAUUAAGUUUGGUAUUGUCUCAGCGUAUUAAAAAUGAUUACUUGAUUGGAGAAUCUUAUGUUGAAAGAAUUAUCAGCAAACUUAAUGCAGCUCUAUCCAAAGCAAAGAAUAUUUCAGAAGCUAGAAAUACUGAGUCGCCUGUAUCUUUCAUCUGUGAUGUGGCCUCUAGCUUUUUCAUCUCUAUGAAAGGAUGUUGUUUAAUGCCAUCAUCUGAAGAAUUGUUAUUAACCAUCUUUCAGUUGUGUGCCCAGAAUCAGGAUUUUACACACUUAUCAGAUUUUCUUGUUUGUAAACUGAAGCAUACUUGGUUAUGUGGCUUACGUUCUCUGGUUCUUCAAUUUGGAAAUGCAAAUAAGCAGAGCACCUUCUUACAUUUAUCUGCUCUUUGGCUCAAGGAACAAAUUCAGUCUUCAUCCUUGGAUGUUAAAAGUCUUCGAGUUAUGAUAUCCACUGUUGAUGAUUUACUAAAUAAUCUUCUAGAAGCUUAUAAUUCACCUUUUCUUCUGAGACUUUAUGUUGAAAAUCUAAUGCCAAGUGAUAGUGAAUGGGAAAAUUUGAGGCAUUCUCUUUCUACACAGUGGUUACAUAAACCUCUUCUGGAAGGAAGAUUGAGUUUGAACUAUGAACACUCCAGAACAGAUUUCCAAGAACAUAGUACAGUGAAACUUCCAAGCCAUUUGUGUACCACAGCAUUAUUAAGCAAAAUAGUCUUGUUGUCUCUGAAAGAGGAAAUAAUUCUUGAAGAUAACAAAACUGAAAAAAUCAUUGCAGAAUUGCUGUAUUCCUUGCAGUGGUGUGAAGAAUUAGAAAAUCCAUAUAGUAUGCUAACUGAAUUUCGUGAAAUGCUUCAAGAAAUGGGCAUUACUUAUGAUAAUUUAUGUGUACUUAGCAAGAUACCUGGACUGCUACAACUGAUGUUCAUCAGGUCCAGAGAUAGUGGUACACUUUGGGCUCUAACUAUUUCUAAACUGAUGCAUUCUAAGAACAUUUUACCUGAUGAAGUUAAACAACUUUAUAAGACAACAGAAGGGUUUUUUCCAGUAACAGAAGGUAGUUUGCAUACUAUUCAGAGUCUCUCUUCAUUUUUGCCUUUAGAAGAUAAGGAAGAACUAGUUAACCAGUGUACAGCUAGACUGUUGACAUGCACAAAGAAAGAUCUUUGUAAUAUUGAUGGAAGUUUUGGAUAUCUUUCCAUUUUGAAUUCUUGUCUGAAAAAGGGAAGCAUUGAUGGUAGAGAGAAACUCUAUGGAAUACUAAAAAUUAUAAUGUCAUGGAAGAGUAACCAUGAAGAUAUUUUUCUUUUCAGUUGCAAUUUGAAAGAAGCAAGUCCUCAACUACUUGGCUUAAAUAUAGAAAUAAUCCACUUACUUUCUAUAUUAUUGAAGUAUUCUUCAUCCCUUUUGGUGGAUUCCGACUGGGAUUUCAUCAUGUGCUCAAUGCUGGCUUGGUUAGAGACAACAAGUGAAAAUCAUGUACUGUAUGCUGUUCCACUUGUGCAACUGUUUGCCUGUGUUAGCUGUGAUUUGGCUUGUACACUGAGUGCUUAUUUCAAUUCCAUAAGCAGCAAUCUUCCUGUAAACCUAAUCAGUGAAUGGCAUGAGUUUUUUUCUGAAGGCAUACACAAUUUACUUUUACCUCUUUUGGUGAAGAUUACAGAGGAAAACAAAGAUACAUCUGAAACAUCUUUUCAGAAUUCAGUGCUGAUACCUUUGGGCGAAACAUUAACAUACAUAUCAAAGGAUCAACUGCUCAAUCAUAAUCUUGCCAUUAGAUUAACACCUGACCAAAAGACCAACCUUCCAGAACGGCUUCAGACUUUAUUAAAUACACUAGCCCCAUUACUUCAUUUCAGAGCUAGACCUGUGCAAAUUGCAGUUUAUCAUGUAUUAUACAAGCUGAUGCCUGAAUUGCCAAGGUUUGAUGAUGAUGACGUUAAAUCAUACGUUGAUGAAGAAGAAGAACCUGCUUUGUCACCACCUGCUGCUUUGAUGACUGUCCUUGGCAUCUUGGAAGAUUUACUAGAAAAUAUUCUGGAGUGUUACCCUGUUGGAGAGUUUGCAGUUAUUCAGCCAUUGAGCGAGGAGUUCUGCUAUGUUUUAGGGUACCUCCUCACCUGGAAAUUAAUUCUUACUUUUUUCAAAGCAGCUACAUCUCAGCUUCGUGCCCUUUAUUCAUUGUACCUUAGAAGAACAAAGAGUCUGAAUAAGCUGCUCUAUCACCUGUUCAGGCUUAUGCCAGAAGUACCCACUUACAUGGGACCAGCUGGUGAGGUCCCAAAUAAGGAGAUGAAAACAUUCUUUACAGAAGAGCUCCAUUUACAUGUCAGAGAGACAGCAACCCUCUCAUCUGAGAUUCCCCACUUGGCUUGUUCUGUCUAUCAAAUCACAUUAAAAGAUUUGCCAGCUAUGGUUAGACUUUGGUGGAAUAGCUGCGAGAAGCGUGUAUUCAAUGUUGUAGAUAAAUUUACAAGCAAGUAUGUGAGUAAUAUGCUUUCUUUUCAAGAAAUAUCUUCUGUGCAAACAAGUACACAGCUAUUUAAUGGCAUGACGGUAAAAGCUCGCUCUACUACAAGAGAAGUCAUUGCUACCUACUCAGUUGAUGACAUAUUCAUUGAACUUAUCAUUCAGCUUCCUUUGAAUUAUCCACUGGGCUCAAUAACAGUGGAAAGUGGAAAAAGAGUUGGAGUGGCUGUUCAGCAGUGGCGUAAUUGGAUGCUGCAGUUAAGCACGUACCUCACUCAUCAGAAUGGAAGUAUUAUGGAAGGCUUGGCAUUAUGGAAAAAUAAUGUGGACAAACGUUUUGAGGGUGUUGAAGACUGCAUGAUCUGUUUCUCAGUCAUUCAUGGUUUCAACUAUUCUCUUCCCAAGAAAGCUUGCAGAACAUGCAAGAAAAAAUUCCAUUCAGCUUGUUUGUACAAAUGGUUUACAUCCAGCAACAAAUCUACUUGUCCACUGUGCCGGGAAACAUUUUUCUGAGAAAGAUUGUUUCGUUGAGAGAUUACUAAAGUUGCUCUAUCAAUCACACCCAUAAAACAUUUUAAAUGCUGAAGAAAACCAUUUUCAUAUGACCAUUAUUUCUGAAUAGGAUCAACCAGAAGAUUCCAUUUGUUUUUUAUGAUGAUCCUGAAAUCAGGUUUACCUGCCUCUGUAUUGUUUUGUAAAGCAUUUGGAAGCUUUUCUUUGGCAUAAAAUAUUGGCAAAUUUACAAUGUAAAAAACUCAGUUUAUUUUAAUUUGCAUAUUAAAAAUAAAUUACAGAA